AUGGUCUUCUCACAUCACUCUCACUCGGGACAGUAUGUAUCUCACGCAGUCAACACGUUGGAUGAGGUGGUUUCUCGUGCGAAGGAGAUGAACUUUCGCACUUUCUGUCUCACUGAGCAUUGUCCGCGAUAUUCCCGAGACUUGUUAUAUCCGGAAGAAUCUGAGAUCUCUUUAGAAGGACUUUCUGCUACAUUCGAUCGAUAUGUUACUCAUGCGAAGAAGAUUCAAAGACAGGUCAACUCGGAUAAGACCAAUAGGUUGAAGAUCUUGGUGGGAUUUGAAAGUGAAGGAGGAAUUGACAGUUCACAUCUUGAGAAGUAUCAGGAAUUGCGUGCUAAGUAUCAUAUGGAUAUUGUGCUAGGGUCUGUGCACUACAUCGAUAGAAUUCCGAUCGAUUUUGAUCGAGAAAACUGGCUUCGGGCCAAAUCACACUACAAAUCUUUCCACGAUUUCUUUUUGGCAUACUUCAAUUGCCAAUACGAAGUUAUUUCAAAGUUGAAGCCCGAGGUGGUUUCACAUUUUGACCUUAUCAGACUUUUUCAAGAUGAAGAUAACGAUACCUGCGAGAUUACAGGUAAGCCGCUAAAGGAUAUUAAUCUUGCCAAAGAUUGGCCACAGGUUUGGUACUCCAUUGGCAGAAAUAUUGAGCUGAUUAACCAACAAGGUGCACUUAUUGAGCUUAAUUCAGCCGCUAUCAGAAAAGGCUGGAACUCGCCGUACCCUAAACGAGAUAUAGUACAAUAUGCGCUAUCUAAGGGUGCUAGAUUCUGCUUGAGUGACGAUUCUCAUGGUAUCAAGCAGGUAGGCUUGAAUUACCAUAAAGUACUUAGCUACAUUGUAAGUUUAGGUUCACAGAUCGAGUAUAUAUACUUUUGGGAUUUGGAUGAUUCAGGUGCAUCCUUCGUCAAUAAGGAAACCGUUGCGGAUCUUUCUAAAGAUUCUUUUUGGAAAAUAAACUAUCCAAACCUUCCCGGAGUUUAA